UACUAUAGGGGGGUAAAGGGGUGUGUUGUACUGGAGGAGAAACUGGAGCGCGCAUGCUCGCCCGCACCGAAUGACGUGAGCUGACUGGCUUAUCAGGGAAAGAUCAAAGAGCGAGUGAAAAGAACCCGAGGGACAAGCGAGCUGGGUUCGUGGGGAGGCAGCCGAGGAGAGAGGCAUUGCGCGGGAAUGAGCCGCUCGAAGGGGGAAGUUUUUCUGCAGAACAAAAGGGAGGGGAAAAGCUAAGCUAUUCACCCGCUACCUGCCCCAGUCGCCAAGCCAAGUUGCCUGGUUUCUUUCUCUUCCGCCCCCCGCCUUCCCUCCCUUCUUCUCGAAGCGCCCCACAGCAGCCCGAAGAGAGCUCAGCUGCCCUCGCUUGCAGACAGAGGCUCAGCGACGACGGACCGGGCGAGCGCACAUGAGGAGGCAUCCCAGGCGCCUCAGCCUGGCGCACGCAUGACUGAGCAGAAGGAAGAGACGAGAAGCGCCCGCCAAGAAUUCCCGGCAGGGCAAGGCAGGGCUAGGAGGUUUCCGCGACCACAAUGAGGCAGAAACUCCGGCGUGGAUGUAGGGAGUAGAGGUGCGACCCCGCCGAGGUCGAAAGAAGCUCCCCCUGGCUGGAGCCUGCGCCCGCGGGAGAAGGAGCAGGCGGCGACGGCGCAGGGGGAAGCGGAGAGCCGCCUGAGCAGCUGUCAGCGGUCUCGCCAUGGAUUGCAGCCGCUUCAGGACUCUUAUUAAUAGAUACUGUGCUGGAGAAGAGAAUUGGGUGGACAAUCGGACUAUUUAUGUUGGACAUCGUGAACCCCCUCCAGGCGCUGAAGCAUACAUUCCACAGAGGUAUCCAGAUAACAGAAUAGUCUCCUCAAAGUACACCUUUUGGAACUUUGUACCGAAGAAUUUAUUUGAACAGUUCCGAAGAAUAGCAAACUUUUAUUUUCUUAUCAUUUUUCUUGUACAGUUAAUUAUUGACACACCAACUAGUCCAGUGACAAGUGGACUUCCACUUUUCUUUGUCAUUACUGUAACAGCUAUAAAACAGGGCUAUGAAGACUGGCUUCGUCAUAAAGCUGACAAUGCAAUGAACCAGUGUCCUGUUCAUUUCAUUCGACAUGGCAAACUGGUUAGAAAGCAGAGCCGUAAACUAAGAGUUGGAGAUAUUGUUAUGGUAAAAGAAGAUGAAACAUUCCCUUGUGAUUUAAUAUUUUUGUCAAGUAGCCGGGCAGAUGGAACAUGUUUUGUUACAACAGCAAGUCUGGAUGGCGAAUCUAGUCAUAAGACAUAUUAUGCGGUUCAAGAUACAAAGGCCUUUCAACGUGAACAGGAUAUCGAUACGCUACAUGCUACCAUUGAAUGUGAACAACCUCAGCCUGAUCUUUAUAAAUUUGUUGGUCGGAUAAAUGUUUACCAUGACAGAAAUGAGCCUGUUGCAAGGCCAUUAGGAUCUGAAAAUCUACUUCUUAGAGGAGCUACAUUAAAAAACACAGAGAAAAUAUUUGGUGUAGCUAUAUACACUGGCAUGGAAACAAAAAUGGCAUUGAACUACCAGUCAAAAUCUCAAAAACGAUCUGCUGUAGAAAAAUCAAUGAAUGUAUUUCUUAUUGUAUACCUCUGUAUUCUGAUCAGUAAAUCGCUAAUAAAUACCAUCCUGAAAUAUCUUUGGCAAAGUGAGCCUUGGUAUAAUCAGAAAACAGAAUUGGAAAGGAAAAGAAAUGUGUUUAUUGCAGCGUUUACAGAUUUUCUUGCCUUCAUGGUUCUUUUCAACUAUAUCAUUCCUGUAUCUAUGUAUGUGACAGUAGAAAUGCAGAAAUUUCUUGGUUCUUAUUUUCUCACCUGGGAUGAAGAAAUGUUUGAUGAAGAAACAGGUGAAGGACCUCUGGUGAAUACCUCUGACCUCAAUGAAGAGUUAGGACAGGUUGAAUAUGUCUUCACAGAUAAAACAGGGACAUUAACAGAGAACAAUAUGGAGUUCAUAGAAUGCUGCAUUGAAGGGCAUGUUUAUGUGCCUCAUGUCAUCUGUAAUGGGCAAAUCCUCCAUGACUGUGCUGGUAUUGAUAUGAUUGAUUCUUCUCCAGGUGGAAGUGGCAAAGAUAGAGAAGAGCUUUUUUUCCGGGCUUUGUGUCUUUGUCACACUGUUCAAGUGAAAGAAGAUGACAAUGUGGAUGGACUAAAAAAAGCUCAGCUCUCAGGGAGAUCUUCAGUCUAUAUUUCAUCAUCCCCUGAUGAAGUUGCCUUAGUUGAAGGAAUUCAGAGACUUGGUUACACAUAUUUAAGGCUAAAAGACAACUUUAUGGAAAUUCUGAAUCGAGAAAAUGACAUUGAAAAGUAUGAACUGUUGGAGAUCCUUAGUUUUGAUUCAGUAAGGAGACGAAUGAGUGUGAUUGUUAAAUCAGCAAAAGAUGAAAUAUUUCUGUUUUGUAAAGGAGCAGAUUCUUCUAUAUUCCCUAGAGUUGAUGAAGGCAAAAUAGAACAAAUUAGAUCAAGAGUUGAACGCAAUGCAGUGGAGGGCCUGAGAACCUUAUGCGUUGCAUAUAAAAAAUUCACCUAUGAAGAAUAUGAGAGUGUGCAAAAGCAGCUUCAAGAAGCAAAGCUGGCCCUGCGGGAUCGAGAAAAGAAACUGGCAGAAGCAUAUGAGCAGAUAGAAAGGGGGCUUAUCCUGCUUGGUGCUACAGCAGUUGAAGACCAGCUACAGGAAAAGGCUGCUGAUACCAUUGAAGCCCUGCAAAAAGCUGGCAUUAAGGUGUGGGUUCUGACAGGAGACAAAAUGGAGACUGCUGCUGCCACUUGCUAUGCCUGCAAACUGUUCAGAAGAAACACACAAAUACUGGAGUUAACCACAAAGAAAAUAGAAGAGCAGAGUUUGCACGAUGUGCUGUUUGACUUAAGCAAAACUGUCCUAAGGCACAGUGGCAGCUUAACAAGGGAUACCUUCUCAGGGCUUUCAGCUGAAAUUCAAGACUAUGGUUUAAUUAUUGAUGGAGCAGCAUUAUCAUUAAUAAUGAAACCACGGGAAGAUGGGAGCUCUGGUAACUACAGAGAGCUCUUCCUUGAAAUCUGUAGGAACUGCAGUGCAGUUUUAUGCUGUCGCAUGGCUCCUUUGCAAAAAGCACAGAUUGUAAAAUUAAUUAAAUGGUCAAAGGAGCAUCCUAUCACAUUAGCAAUUGGUGAUGGAGCCAAUGACGUCAGUAUGAUCCUAGAAGCACACGUAGGCAUAGGUAUUAUUGGAAAAGAAGGCCGUCAAGCUGCAAGAAACAGUGACUAUGCAAUACCUAAAUUUAAACAUUUGAAAAAAAUGUUGCUUGUUCAUGGGCAUUUUUAUUAUGUCAGGAUAGCUGAACUUGUGCAAUACUUCUUUUAUAAGAAUGUCUGCUUCAUUUUUCCUCAGUUUUUAUACCAGUUUUUCUGUGGGUUUUCACAGCAGCCUUUAUACGAUACUGCGUAUCUUACCCUGUACAAUAUCAGCUUCACUUCCCUUCCUAUCCUGUUGUAUAGUCUAAUGGAACAACAUGUCAGCCCAGAAACACUCAAGAGAGACCCUACACUGUACAGGGAUGUUGCUAAGAAUGCCCACCUGCGCUGGCGUGUGUUUAUUUACUGGACGUUCUUGGGAGUAUUUAAUGCUAUGGUCUUUUUCUUUGGUGCCUAUUUCUUGUUUGACAAUACGACUGUGACCAGCAAUGGACAGAUGUUUGGAAACUGGACCUUUGGGACACUAGUGUUCACUGUACUGGUAUUCACUGUUACUCUGAAGCUUGCACUGGAUACACACAACUGGACAUGGAUAAAUCAUUUUGUGAUCUGGGGAUCACUACUAUUCUACGUUGUAUUUUCUCUUCUCUGGGGAGGGAUCAUCUGGCCUUUUCUCAAUUACCAGAGGAUGUACUAUGUGUUCAUGCAAAUGCUGUCCAGUGGUCCUGCAUGGCUGGGGAUUGUUAUGCUCAUAACUGUGAGUCUUCUUCCAGAUGUGCUGAAGAAAGUUUUAUGCAGGCAGUUAUGGCCCACAGCAACAGAAAGAACCCAGAAUUCAUCAAGUCAUGGUCGGGACCAUCUUUCAGAAUUCACACCUCUCGCCUCUCUGAAAAGUCCAAGAUACAGGAGCAAUGACCACAAGAAUUCCCCAGCAAGAAGGUCUAGUUCUCAUUCUAAAAAAACAAUGUUUACACAUUGGAAAAACAAUAAUUAUUCAAUACUCCCAUCUAUCUUUGGCUAUUCCAAUAAGCGUUGCAAUUCCAAUGAGGAGUACUACUAUAGGGGUUCAGGUUUGGAAACAUCUCUGUGACAGAUCACCAACUCAAGCCUUUAAGAUCUAUUUCCCCCUUUUUAAAAAAUCUGCAAAUGAGCAUUUAACAGCACUGAUUGAUAUUUUGUUGGCUUUUGCUGCCUGGUGUUAAUUCUGACAAACUGAAUCAAGAACACAGAACAUAAUUCCUUCCAGGAGUAUUGGCCUUUCUUUUUAUGACACUUUUCAACUGUUGCAACAAUGGAUUGUCUACACAGUCUGGUACUGUGAGAAUGAACAGCACUAAAAAAACCUACUUCAUUCUGUCAAGAGCAUUGUGUGUUUGUUGUUUCUCUGUCAUUCUCUCAUUCUUUACUAAUUGAAAUGUAUUGCUUCAGUAAAUGAUCCUCUUGGGAGACCAAUGGUUUAAAUGUUUCAGUCACAAAAGCAAUCAUCUCAGUUCCCUAGUGAAAGUCACUGAGAGCAUAUUAACAGGUGCUGUAUCUGACUUGUCUUUGUCCUUUCUUUGCUCUUUCUGUAGAACAAACUGGUGUUUCCUCUGUGCAAAUCUGGUUUCAAGAAACACUCUCUAAUAUCCAUUUUGUUGUAAGUCGCCAAGUAGGACUGUAUGUGAUUUAAGAUCGUUUUCCCCCUGUAGACCAAUACAUUUUCACGUAGACUCUCUACAGAUUUUAAGAAGUCAAGCUGGUUAUCAGAAGGGUAAAGUGACCACUACAGGUAUUGCAUUGCAGAUAAUUACUGAAUUUAAGAAUUCAGCCUUCGAUGUUCUUAGAAACUUGUUGAUAAUAAAUGAACCAGUGUUCAACUAUGUUGCUACCUCUGACCUAGAUGUGGAUGUGUGAGGAAGCAUUUUGCCACGCUAAGCUUUUUCCUGUAGGAAAAAGGAAGGAAGUAAUUGGUUCCUUAACGACUUCACAGGACACUUUAUUUAGAUGUGGUUGCUAAAUUUUUAAUUUGAAUUUUAAAAAGAGCAUUGGGAACAAAAAAGACUUACAGAAGGCUACUGUAUUACAAAGAUACAGCUUUGUGACUACUAAUAUUUGUUAAUAACCACUAGGUGGUGUUUUUCCUCUCUUUGAAUGUGGAUUCAACCAUCCUUCAGGAAAAUAAAUGCAUAUAAUUAUACAGAAGCUGUGUGAAUACAAAAGCUGUAUCAAUUAUUUCCAAACCUUACAGCCAGCUUGUACUUCAGCUCCAUCUGUGGCUCUAGUUUUGCUUUGUACUGGUUGUGAUAGUAGGAGAGACAUAUACCUGUCUUGUUUAUUUUCUCCCAGUGUUUUAUUUAGGGUGUCUGCAUUUCUGUGUGGAAAACAUAGAGGUUCCCGAUCAUCUUCCUCAACUAGUGAUGAGAGGACAUCGCAUUUUGAAAAUCAAAUUGUGAAAACUUCAUUAUACCAAAGACCGGGGAGAAAAUAGUCUGGCCCUAGUUUCCAUACUUCUGUCCUUUCACCCCUUACAAUGCACAACACCCCCAGCAUCAUCUCUGUCAUCUCUACUCUUUUCAGUUUCAGUGUUGGUCACAUUCUGAUAGAAAUAUACCUAAAGUUAAUAUUUAUUUGACACUGAAUACUUGAAUGUUGGAUAAAUUGUCCCCUACAUAAAACACUGGUUGCAAAUAUAUAUAUAUAUAUAUAUACACACACACACAUAUUUUUUAAAAAAACUUGAUAUGGGUAUUGAUUUUAUAUCUGUAGUAGUGACAAAUCUCCUGUUUGGGUAUAGUUAACAGAGUUAUUGUUAAUGUAUUUUUUAGAAAUCUUAAAAUUGCCUUUGCACUGAAAUAUUUUUCAAUACUGUAGCUAUUUAUAUAUCUGUUUUACGCAUACAUUUGUUAACACACCAUUUCUAUUUUUUUUUAAGUGUAUGUUUUAGAGGAUUUUUUAUACUUAUGAGUUUUGGAUCUUCAGAAUUUAGCCUAUAGUGGAAUUGUGAAAGAUUGUUGAAAUUUUGACAAAUGUUAAAAUUAGAAAUAGGUUAUCGCAGAUUCAUCCAAAGCUACUUUUUAUUUUAUUUUUAUUUUGCUUGUGAAUAGUAGCUUUUAAUACAAUACACUUUCUUCUUUCAACCAGCUGCUGCUACUAUCAUCCUUUAUAUUUUUGUUCCACAAGGCUUCAUACCAGCUGCUUUUUUAAAUUCCAUCCUUUAGCCUUAAAUAAGAAGAAUCUUGCUUGAUGUUCUGAAAAUGCUGCAUUCCUGCUCUGCCUACUAACAAAAGAGUUUACUAUAAACUUCUUACAACUCAACUGUUCCCUAAAAAUUAAUGAUAUUUUUACUGGCUAAAACAUGUAAUUUUAGCUGUUGAUUAUUUAUUAUUAGUUGUUGUAGUAGUAUUGCUUUUAGGGGGGAAAGAGAAGUUGUUUUGCAUUUAAAGGGGCUGUUCUGCUUCCAUUGAACAAUUGGAACUUAAAAAUAAUCCUGUAAAUGAAAAACAAACCAAAAACUCACGAGGGUUCCGUUCCUUGCCUACUGCCACUAGCAUAGUGUAGUGGUUAGAGUGCUGAACUAGGACCGGGGAGACCCAAGUUCAAAUCCCCAUUCAGCCAUAAUACUUGCUGGGUGACUCUGGGCCGGUCACGUCUCUCUCAGCCUAACCUACUUCACAGGGUUGUUGUGAGGAGAAACUUAAGUAUGUAGUACACUGCUCUGGGCUCCUUGGAGGAAGAGCGGGAUAUAAAAUGUAAAUAAACAAACAAAUAAAUAAUAGUGUGAGUAACAAGGCAUUAGGGCUAUGGGGAAAGGGGGGUUAGGUUCUAGGAUGUAGGGGGGAAAUUUUUGAUGUGGCAAAACAGCCCCCAAACAACCUGAAACUCAUCAUGGUGUGCUCUGUGGGUCCCCACUGUGCCCAGGAAUACCCUCCAAGGAGUGCAAUGCCCCCCCAAAACAUGAAAAAUCACAGGGGAAAGAAUUUUUUUAAAAAGCCAUAAAAUGGCGUCUCCUACCUCCUCUGGGCUCUGUGAAACAAAAUGGCAGCUGGAAGUGACCUCCACAGUCACUUCUGGCCCUCUAGGAACCACGGAUAUGUGGGUUUUAACCCCUUCAUAUCCACAGAUACUGAAAAGGUGUGUCAAUGAGACAUCCUGCGGAUACAAGGAACAGUGAAUAGCAAGGUUCUCCUCUAUAGGCCUAGUUUGCAGUUCUUUAUUCCCUUUUUUUAUCAUAUACAAGAAAAUGCAAUAUGUUGUAGCCCAGGAGUUCCCAACAUGUGGUAUGCCAGAUGCUGCUGAACUACAACUCCCAUCAUCCACAGCCACAAAAAAUUGUAACUGGCGAUGAGGCAUACAAUAUCUGGAGUACCACAGGUUGGGAACCUAGUUGGUUCCAAUCUAGAAAUUACUGUGUGUGUAACAGCAGAACAUGUCCUUGCAACUACAAAAAGGAUCUACCUUGUAAAGAAAAUGACAGCUGCUUUCAGUGUUGAGAUGUAAUCUGGAUUUACUUCUCACACUGCAAACAGAUGCUCAGAGGGUCUGACCUGGCAAAACUGGUCACCUGUUCAGUAGUAUGCUGGUGAUGCUCUUUGGUAGUGUAUGUGGAAAUCUUUUCCUGCAUACUGGGAUUCCAGAAGGGUGGUCUGCAUUCAGAAACCUAUUUCCAUGAGCAGAUCAUCCUGUUGGACCAGGGAAAGAGUAAAUUAGUCAGGGAAUAGACAGGUAUAACAAUUGGUUGACAACAGAAGGAGUGUAACCUUAAUCAGAAAUGCAAAAUCAAUAGGCUUUGGCAUUCAUAUUUAUAUGAAGAGAUAAAAUGCAUUCUGUGCAACUCAAAUUUCUUUUUCUGAACUAUUGAACCUUUAAGCAAAAAAAAAAAAAAGAAGUAUUGAAUGCUUUAAUGUGCUGGAACUGGUAGGCACCAACCAAAUGUUCAUGAAAGCUAAAAAUGUACGUUCAUUGAAGCUCACAUAUUCUUCAGAGUGGCUAGUACUAAGAUUCAGUUCUUCUAAUUUUCAUGGUCCUAAGUAUUAUUUUGUUCUGGUAUAAAAAGCUUACCAUUUAUUCUCCUGCUUGUAUCAGUCUAUUUAUCCCACUAUAUUGCAAGUAGCAAAGGAAGAAAACUAUAUUAGUUUGCAAAAUCAAUGGGAUCAUGUUAAAAAGCUUUAAUGGGAAUUUGUCAAAGCAUUAUGAAAGAGAAGCAUGUACUUGAUUGUACAUUGAACAAUUGCAUACAUCAGUUUAUAUAGCUUUACCUCUGCAACAAUUAUAUAGAACUUUAAAUAUACAUUGUGUCUGCACUGUCAUAUACAUUAUGUCAUGUGCACUGUCAUUCUCAAUACUCUUUCAUUCUGCAAUGUAAAGUAGAAUUGGCAAAAAAAAUGCUUUUGGGAAUGGUGGAACAUAGUAAUCGGUGCAUUAACCAUUAAAAAUAACUGUAGUCAUCAGCACUAAAUACUGAUAUGUAUUUUUAAAUGGUACAACGAUAGGUGCAUUUAUCUGAUAAUGAUUCAGCCUUCAAAACUACCGUUUAGUCUAAUCUAUAAUACUUCAUUAACUGGAUCAAAGCAGUCUCAGAUAUUAAGAAUACACACACACACACAUACAUGUGCAUUAAUGUAAAGUUUAUUUUAAGUGCUGUUUUUAAACUUUCAUUUCUGUAGAUAUCAAAACAUGAAUUCUUUAUAUUCAUAUUUUGGGACUUACUGUAGAUUGUAUAAAGCAGUAGAUGUUUAAAUCUGCUUGCAAUAAAAUAAAAUUUACAUA